AUGUUACACUCCGCGUCAUGGCUGCAAUCCACUUGCACUUUCCAAGAGAGUUAUUUCUGUUCACGAUGCGCAGUACUGUUGAAGCGGCACGGGGCGGCUGUGAUCAGAAACUCGAAAUUGCGCAACGGGAUUCUCAGCUCAAGAAGGGAAUUCCAUGCUAGUCAAAAGAAUACCUUUCCGUCACCGAGUGCCCUUCUGGAUGAAAAGUCGAGAUCUCUUUUCCAGUCAGAACUAGCACGAAAAGACGAUAUCUUUAAAUACCUCAAGGGCUGGAAGCCUUUGGCGCCGGACCUUGACAUUGAUCCCGUUCGUGUACCAGCUCAGACGCCACACCACACUGGUUCAAAAUGGGUUGGAAACAUGUUGAGGGAUGAACCCAUGGUUAAUGGCGAAAGCCCCAGGGAAUGGGAUCUAGAUAUUUACCAAGAUUUUCCAGAGGAAGAUGGUCAUUUUCCUUAUUUAUGGCCCGGAGAUUUGGUACUACUGGAACAAGAAACCGGGUUUAGCAGUGGACAGUUAGCCGUUUAUGUUCGUACGAUUAGCGAUCAACAACAGUUUUACACGGAUCGGGGGAAAUGGCGUGUAGCCCACCCUAAUGAAAUGAAUUUUGCCUUGAAAGCGCGAGCGGCUCCGGAAAUGCUCGCACCCCUCUUACCGUAUUUUCCAACGUCGACCGUGGAAAAGUCAUGGUUACCCCAAUUAGGCUUGGAGGGUGGAGUACCCCGACCGGUAGGGCGACGCCUACUGGAGUGGAUGGCUUCGUUCGAGCAAGGGGCCCAGGAAUUUUAUAGUGAGCAUGCGAGCCGAUUGGACGAUAUAUACAACCUUUUGGCAGACAAUAAGGAAGUCAAACUGCUUACGCUCGACGAGAUUGGCCAAACGUUGUUCGGUCGGGAUCCUGGGACUUUGAAUGAAGCACAACGAUAUGCAAUUCACGAUGCCCUAAAACGAGAAUCGUUCUAUAUCAUUCCCAACAAAACUCAUUCUACGAGCGAAUCUUAUACUAUUCGGCCAAAGAAAGAAGCGGAUGUUAUUAAAACUGUUAUAAACUGGGUACGCCAGUAUCAAAACAACCGAGCAAGACAAGCACUGGGCUGGGAAUCUGGAGUUCAGCAAACAUCGCCGCUGGGCUCAUUUAUCAAGAAAGCCAGGAAAAUGGUAUAUUUGAGUCGACAGUCUCGUGAACCCACACUUUCAUUCUCCGUUGGCCCUACAAUUCAGCAGCCGACGACGGGAAGGCAAUCUGGCGCCGUAAACUCGGAAAUAUCAGCAGCGGAAGAGUUUUCAGAUUCGGACAAAAUGAUUAUCACGUUCUUGCGAUUAUGGGUUACCCCUCCAUCGUUGAUGUCUAGUUCAAUUUUGAAAACAACAGGAUCUAUGAUUAUCCGAAAUAUUGAGAUGUAUGACGGCUAUCCCAUGACCUCUCAAACGGGCUAUCUUUUCCUGCAAGAGAUUGGGGUUGUGGCACCCUGGGAAAAUCUCCAUCUACUGAGCGAACUAGUAGCGUUACCGGGCCACGGAGUUUCCCCUGUUUCUGACCAGAUAGCCAAAGAGUGCAACGAAUUCUGCGAGACUAUGACCGCUGAUAGCCUGAAGGAUUCAAUGAAAGAUCUCCGAACAGAUUGGGGUGGCCUUCCCGUCUUCUGCGUUGAUAGUCCAGGCGCUGCUGAAAUUGACGACGGAUUUUCAGUUGAGCCUGUGAAUGGUUCGGAGAACGAGUACUGGAUUCAUAUCCAUGUCGCAAAUCCUUCUGCAUUCAUCCCUCCCGAUCACAUACUUGCGAAGGGUGCAGAACAUUUCAAAAGGUCAUUCUACUCUCCGGAGCGGAUAUAUCCCAUGCUUCCUCCAAGCAUCACACACACUCAUUUCAGCCUAGGACCCGGUAAGCCUGCACUGACAAUCAGUGCGAAGGUCAACAUGCAAGGAGAAAUACUUGAUAAAAAAAUUGUUAGCAGCUAUGUCAAGAAUGUUAUAUACAUCACACCAGAUCGGCUGCGAAAGCUUUUCGGUAUUGAUUAUGAUAACGUUCCCCGCAUGACAUUGGCUGUCGGUGGUGAGCUUGGGGAACCAAGCCGACCAGAACUUCAAGAUCAUAUAACUGAGGAGCAUGGACAGUCCCUACGAACAUUACAGAAAUUACUCAAAGCUCGCUGGGAAGUAAGGCUGAAGAAAGGUGCAAUCGAUUCUGCUUCAAUUCAACGAUCGCAACCACUUGUUUCAGGUAUUAAUGGUCAGAUCGAGUCUUAUUCGGUAGAUGACGCCCCUGUUUCUCGUCUGCGUGAAGACCCGAUUAUUAGCAUUAGUGGUUUGAUGCUAGAUCCGCUUGAAACCACAGAGAGCACCAAACAAGAUCUCGUUUCACAUGCAAUGUUGCUUGGUGGAGAGAUUGCCGCUCAGUGGUGCAAAGAAAGGGGCAUUCCACUAAUAUUCAACGGAGCAACCCAGCGGCCCGAAGACACUGUUCUCAGUGAAAUACUCGGGAGCAAGAAAUCGUCAUCGAGUAUUCGUCGUUCAAAGGGCUACUUAUCACCCGUACCAAUCCGUCACACUGCUCUAGGGAUGGACCAGUACACUAAAUGCACGAGUCCCCUCAGACGAUAUUCGGAUCUCCUUGGCCACUGGCAGAUCGAAGCGGCUUUGCGCCAUGAGGCCGAGACAAAGAAGCCAAUAAGCCAGCAAAACAAGGCCGUCUUGCCCUUCUCCAAACAGGAAGUGGACGCUCUGAUUGCUAGGUCAAAUUGGCAAAACCGUGUCAAGGACCGCGCACAGUCCACGUCUCGGGAUUUCUGGGCUUUGCAGCUCUUGUUCCGCGCGCACAACUAUAACCAAGCGGAGUUGCCCGAAACGUUUCAAUGUCUGAUCGUGACUCAAAUGCUCGAGGGCACAGUGUCAAAUGUCAAAAAUUCCAAGACGCAGUAUAUGGGCUCGUUGCUUCCAUUUCGCUUGCGCUGCUGCAUCUCAGUGGAUAAGGGUAUGCCACCGUUGCAAGCAGGCGAUGUCGUUGACGUGAAGCUCCAACAGGCCAACCUUUACAAUGUCUUCUUAGAUGUCGAUUUUGUGAAAUUGGUGAAGCGGCUUCCAGAGGGAUCUGCGAAUACUUUUGCUGGCUUUUUCAUUUGA